CGGACAGAGGGAAGCGGCGCGGCGAGGCUGGGAGAUGGCCUCGUGGCGGCGUAGUCGGAGACGGGAGAGGACGCUCGAAACGGGCACCUCAGAAGGUGUCCACAUGUCACGUGCUAGUGGUCAGUGGACACCGUAGAACAUGGGUCUUCCUAGCACCUAAAGUUAGAACCUAUGGCGCGUAUGAUGGUUUCGAUCUUGCUGGGCGCCGAGGCGGAGGCCGCAACGCGCGGCGGCACUGGCCAAGCCGACGUGCGGCCGCCCUGCUCCCUCUCCAAACCCACUUCCCCCGCAUCUCCCCUCCAUCCCCCCCUCCUCCCACUCCCUUCAAAGAGAGAAGAAAGCUGGGAGAGAUCCACCCUAGCUGCAGACCGACAAAGCGACCGCGACUCAAACCCGCAAGAAACCAGCUACCGGACAGAAGAAGACUGGCAUGGCAAGGCUCGGCGUGGCCUUGCUCGCGCUCCUGGCGGCCGCGGCGGCGGUCGCCUGCCUGCCGUCCCCGGCCUCCGCGGGCGAGCUGGCCUCCAUGCUGCUGUCGCGCGCGGCGGCCUGCGACGGGAUCAUCGGGGAGUGCGGCGUGGACGAGGACGAGGAGAUGGCGCCGGGCGCCGGCGAGGCCCUGCGCCGGUCGCUGGCGCGGAAGUCGACGGCCAGGUACAUCAGCUACGCGGCGCUGCGCGCCGACCAGAUCCCCUGCGACAAGCGCGGGGCGUCCUACUACAUCAACUGCGGGUCCAUGCAGCAGGCCAACCCCUACACGCGCGGCUGCUCCGCCAUCACGCACUGCGCGCGCAACAUGAACUGAUCCCUCGUCCGUAGGCCUGGUGGAUCUUGCGCGCGUACGGCAGUGAUCGAUGCAUACGCACGGAGCGGCGAGGAGGUGUGUGGCCGUGCGAGCAUCUAAUUACCAAUUGUAUUUGUAGAACGCCUGUGCAUUGCUACAGACUAAUGAUUAUAAAUAAAUGAAGCUGACUGUACAAAUUUACAAAUUACUUAUGUUUCAUGGCUUGUCCUUUUUGUCACGAGACUGCUACAUCAAACACUUAGCUUCACAUUAACCCCAAUUA